AUGGGAACAGAAGUGGUGUUAUCGUUUAGCACUCUACGUACACAGUUAGAGAAUGAAAAAAGCAGUUUGUACAAAAUCGAUGAAAACAUUAAGAAGAUAGUACAAACAUCAGGCCGAUUUUCUAACGAUAGAGGAGGUCCGAGGCAGGGAGGUCGAAAUUUUCAUGUAGAUUCAAUCAAGAAUGACGAUUCCUUCUUCAAACGUAAACACGAAACAAAAAUUGUUUUCAGCAGAAUAUCAGCAAAAACCAAUGAUAGUGAUGGAGAAGACGAUGUGCCUGGACGAAAACGUUCCCGAGUUUCAUCAGCAGUGUGUCGCGAGCUUCCAACAAGAGCCGCAGUGUUGCGAGCGCAGGGUGAUGAUGAACAAGCUAGGACAAGAAACCGAAGGAUAUUUGGAUCACUCCUUGGUACAUUACAGAAGUUCAAACAAGAAGAGAUUGUACUACAGACUAAGGAAGAGAAAAAAGCACAGGUAGAGAGAAAAAUCGAGGAACAGGCUCGGUUAGAAAAGGAAAGAGAAAUUAGAGAGCGGAAAGUGUUAUUUGCUGAACGUGAACAAAAGAAAGCAGUUAUAAAAGCGUUAGAAGCAAAAAUGGCACGUGUUCAGGAAUUUGAGAAGUGGGAGCAGUCUCAAAAGCAUCUGGGCAAUUUUAUUCUUACCAAAGUUAAACCUCAUAUCUAUUGGUUACCCAAAAAAAUGUCUGAAAAGGCCCAAGAAAAACUAAAUUCCAGUAGGCGUUACCAAGAAAAAUGUAUGUCCAAAAAACGUGAAGAGUUAGACGAAGAGCUACAAAGAAUAGAACAAAGAUGUCUUCGUCACAAACCUCCAAGAGCAAAGGAAAAUAAUCCUGAUUCAAAUGAUGUCCUUGAGGAUGUUAAAUCGGAACAGUUUGAAAAUGGCAAUAAGAAAAGAGACAAGUUUGCUAUGGAUGCAGAUGAAAAGGAAGACAGUGAUGGAGAUGAUCACCAUGAAGAGCAUCCAGUGGAAUUGGAGAAAGAACUAACUGAAGAAAAAAUAGAUACAAGUGCUGAACCUGCUGAAGUAGUAGAGGAAUCACAAGACAAAAGUACAGGCAAUGUUCAAGAUAACAGUAUUGAAAAUAACAUAGAUUCUAAUAAUCAUGAUAUAUCCAAUGACACUAAUUUGGAUCAUUGCUAG